CUCACUGUGCGUUCAUCACAAGACAUCCCAACUUUGUGUUACGCCCGUAUCAUGACCAUUCGCCUGAUUGGAGCCUCGGAAGAGCAUCUUCCUGCUAUAGCUCGUAUUGCAACUUCGGCUUUCCACCCGAACACAGAUGCUCUGUCACGUCGCCUAUUUCCCCCUCAUCUACAACCGAAGGACCUCCCCGAUGGCGAAGCAGCGUAUGACUGGCGCUUUGCACGCAAAGCAUCGAGCCUAGCAUCAUCAGAGCCUCACCUUGUAGUGGCAAUUGAUGACGAGAAAGGGCCAGAUGAAAAAGUAGUCGGCUUCUCACUUUGGGACGCCCCUCCUGCUUCUGGCGGUGAUUCAGCACCCAGCCAGGAGAUCCAAUGCGCGGCGCUCGAUAAGGAAGCAUACAAUGAGAUGAAAGAGACUGUGAAUCGAGAUGCUGCCGAUACUUUUGGGGAACAAGGAAUCGCUGGCGUCUGGCAUCUCGACUAUAUCGGUGUCAGCCCAGGUAAUCAGAGACGCGGUAUCGGCAAGAUGCUGUUACAGUGGGGUCUCGAUCAUGCAGCUGCGGAAGGAAAAGAUUGCUAUUUAGUAGCGACUGAAGCAGGUCGGCCAUUGUAUGUGGCUGCGGGCUUCGAGGAUAUUCGCGUUCUAUCGAUUCUUGGCAUUCCUCAUUAUUCAAUGAUUCUGAGAGCUGGUAGUCCGUGAGACAUGCAGACGUCAAAAGCUUAUGAAAUGAGAUGACAUGAAUAUAUAACCAAAACCUAA